UGAGAAUGACAGCUAUGGCGGCAAUGGAAAUGAGAUGGCGAAGUUUGGUGCAUGCCAUCUUCGAAGACUCGACUCGAGAAUGAAACGCCACACUGCGCCAGCUGUUUCACUCUUCUCUUCAUUUGUCCCUUUCUUUUCUUUUUUUCUAUUCUCGUUCCUUUAAACUUUCGCUUUUUCCAACUAAAUUUCUCCCUUCUCAUUAAUUAUUCCGUCUAUACGCCUAAUUCUAUAUUUAAUUAUCAUUUUUUUUCUUAAUCUUUGACUUAUUGGAUCUCGUUUUCGCCAUUAAUCACUCAUGGAGAUCCGUGCCGAUGCAGAAACCAGCUCCUUCUCAAGUUUGUUCGCGGCUGUGGCAUAUGGGUUUGCCUCCAUGGCCAUGGUUUUUAUCAACAAGGCUGUUCUUAUGCAGUAUGCAUAUUCAAUGACUCUUCUCACUUUGCAGCAAUUGGCUACCUCUUUGCUUAUCCAUGUUGGUAGACGUGCGGGAUUCACAAAGGCGAGAGGACUGGAAAUGACAACGGCCAAGCGACUUCUUCCGCUUUCAAUUUUCUAUAAUGCCAAUGUUGCUUUUGCUUUGGCCAGUUUGAAAGGAGUCAAUAUCCCAAUGUAUAUUGCGAUCAAGAGGCUUACCCCACUUGCUGUACUUAUUGCUGGGUACUUCUCGGGAAAGGGAAGACCUACAUCUCAGGUGGCUCUUUCAGUUAUAUUGAUUGGUGCUGGAGUUCUCAUUGCUGCCCUCGGAGAUUUUUCCUUUGACCUUUUUGGGUAUGGCAUGGCUUUUGUUUCGGUUUUUUUCCAGACCAUGUACCUUGUGCUGGUGGAAAGAUCUGGUGCUGAGGAUGGACUUUCAUCCUUGGAAAUCAUGUUCUAUAACAGUUUUUUAUCUCUUCCAUUUUUGAUGUUCCUCAUCAUAGCCACUGGGGAAUUCCCAAAGUCUUUAUCUUUAUUAUUUGCACAGAGUUAUUCUUUUUCGUUUUUGAUGGUUCUUAUUCUUUCAUUGGUAAUGGGCAUUGUUCUCAACUUCACCAUGUUCUUGUGUACAAUUGUUAAUUCAGCCUUAACUACAACUAUUGUUGGCGUUCUCAAAGGGGUUGUUUCCACGACCCUUGGUUUCUUCUUACUGGGUGGUGUUCAAGUCCAUGCUUUGAAUGUGACUGGAUUGGUUAUCAACACAGCUGGCGGUGUGUGGUAUUCAUUUGCCAAAUAUCAGCAGAAAAGAAGUAAGUCGACGAAGCUUGUACCUGAUGAGGAGGCCCAUCGUAAAUAGAACUGGUAUUGAUAAGUUGCGGUGCAAACUAACAGUUACAUAAAUUGUUUCUUUACUUUUAUUUACUUUAUUGUAAGAACUGAUAGUUUAGUUAUUUUUUUUCUUAUAAUUUUACAGUAAUCAUGUAGUCUGAGCAUAAGAUGUAGUAAUACUGACACAUGGUAUUCGGAAUUGCGUAAAAUAAUAGUACUUUUAUUAUUCAAA